UAUAUAUGUUUCCAAGUUUCCUCUCCUCUAAUCAUAUUUCCAAAUCCCAUAUUCUUCCCCAUUAAUCUCUCCAUCAUGACGGUUAAGAAAGUUGAGAUGCAAGUGGACAUCAACUGUGGGAAAUGCAAAAACCAAAUCAUGCAGGCUGUCACAGAGCUAGAAGGUGUGAAUCAGGUUGUACUGGAUGAAGAGAAGAGCUUGCUUACUGUAGUGGGCACAAUGGAUCCCAUCUGCAUUGCGGAACAGCUUAGGAAGAUCAAACAGAAACCAGUAGUAGUCAACAUUGGACCACCAAAACCUCCAGAAAAGAAGCCAGAGUGUUGCAAGCCUUGCCUUCCAUACUACAAUAAUACAUGUGACCUUCCAUACUACAACUACAAUACCCGUGACAUGGUAUCAGUUAGCACCUAUGAGAACGGAGGCGGCUGCACCAUUGUUUGAAAAUCCCUCAUUUCAUCUCUUAGCCCUUCAUGUAAAAUCCUGCUCUUUGUGGUCAAGACAAAGUUUCUUAUGCAAUCAUGUUUCAUACUUUCCUGUAAUGAAUCUGUGUUAUUAGCUGAA